AUGUCACACGUUCAACUAGCAGUCGGCGAGGUCGUGGAUGCCACAAACUGGAAGGUGGAUUUGCCGGAGUCCAUUCUGGAGUCUUUAUCUUCCGAAUCCGAGUUGGAAUAUCCGUUGAUUUUCGCCUUGACGAGCCAGACCACGAAAACCCAUGUGGGUGUCCGGCAGUUUUCUGCGCCUGAAUCGACAAUCACAAUUACAACGCCCAUUGCUCAGGCGCUAGGGCUGUCAAUUGGAGACAUUGUAAAACUGAAACACACCUCUUUACCCAAGGGAUCAGCCGUUAAGCUAAAAACAGAAACAGCUCUGGACUGGAAGCCUUUGCUUGAAAGAUGGCUGCCGACUAACUGUACAGCAUUAACUGUCGGCGACACUCUUAUGGUGAGUUACCUAGGCCAACUGCAUAAAGCGGUUGUUGAAGAACUCGAGCCAGAGAACGCCGUAUGUAUUAUUGAUACCGAUCUGGACCUCGAAAUCGUUGGAGGAAACCAGCAGUUUGAUACAUUGACGGGAUUCGAGUACGAUAUGCCUAUUGCUCUUUCAGAGGUUCCCUUAACCAAAGAAACGCCAGACUACCUCUUUGUCGAGGCCACUAAUGGCGUUUUGUACGUGGGACCCGAACUGGCAACGUCUCGAGAGUCUUUCACGUACAGAAUAACCGGAACUCGAGAGCUCACUGCAUCAGAUCUCAAGAAGCUAGGACCUUCUUUCAGCGUAUGCGGCUACGGCAUGGCUACGCUUACCUUGGCUGCUCCGGCUGUUGAGUCGCAAGAAGGCUCAAAAUUGUGUCCCGUGUGUUCCAAAUGGGUACCUGAACAGUCGUUUAUUCUGCACACAUCUUUCUGCCAGCGGAACAGUAUCAAAUGUGAAUGCGGGCAAGUUUUUAGCCGCCAAAUUCCCUCCGACCACUGGCAUUGUCCAGUUUGUUCCGCCAACGGUGUUGGGUUUGAGGAAGCCCACUUGAAAGAACAUGAACCGAGCACCUGUAGCUGUGGGUUUGAAGACACUUUUCUCAAUGUCGCUUAUCACCGGGCUUCAGACUGCCCCGAACGCAUCAUUCUUUGCCGAUUUUGCCAUCUUAGUGUUGCACAGGAAAUUGCAAGCGCUGCAGACAAAGUUCUAGGUAUUACUGGGCACGAGUCUCACUGUGGAAACCGCACUGCCGAUUGUCAUAUUUGUGGCAGGCCAGUGCGGCUGCGCAACAUGGAGGCCCAUAUGCAGCAACAUGAUGUUCAGCGCAGAUCCAGAGGAACUCCGGUUACCUGCAAAAACCAGAACUGCGUGGCCAUUGUCAAAGACGAGAGCAAUGCUUUGGGGCUGUGCUCCAAGUGUUUUGGCCCGCUGUUCUCCCUUGACAACGAUCCGGACGGAUCCAGGCUCAGGGCUCGCAUGGAACGAAAAUACGUUCUGCAAUUAUCCACUGGCUGUGGCAAGUCCUGGUGCACCAACCAGUACUGCCGCACCGGCACGGGCAUUCAGCGCAGCUUCAAGGAUGUCUUACCUAUCGUCAAAGAACUGCUCCUCAUGAACGCGUUUUACUUUUGUGUAGACCAGAUCAUGGCGAAAAAGGCUAUGUUUGUAUACGAAGACGGCGUUUACGACAGGGCCUGGAGAAGUAUGGCCAUCACCCAAUGUUCGAAUGAAACAGAGGCCGAAGAGUGGUUACAAACCCACGCUCCGAAACUUGGCGAAGCUGUGUAA